GGAUGGGAAGUGCCAGUGCAAAGCCGGCGUGACGGGCCCCAAGUGCGACCGCUGCGCCGACGGGUACUACGGGUUCAACGCCAGCACCUGCGAGCCCUGCGAGUGCAACAACCGCUCCCGGAGCUGCCACGCGGUGACAGGCGCCUGCCUGGACUGCCAGGACAACACGGAGGGAGAGCACUGCGAGCGCUGCAAGGAGGGCUUCUACCGCAGCGCGCGGCCCGGCCCGGCCUGCCGCCGCUGCCCCUGCUCCACCGUGGCCUCCACCGGCACCUGCCACAUAAGAGCCGGUGACGCUGCCCCGACAUGUGACAAAUGCAAAGCUGGGUACACGGGCCCCAACUGCAACCGGUGCGACGACGGCUACUACAACUCGGACAGCAUCUGCGUGAGAUGCAGCUGCAACGGGAACGUGGACCCGGCGCGGACGCCCCGCGUGUGCGAGCCCGAGGGGCGUGUUGGUGUGGGCGGCCUGUCCCACACCGCCGGCUUCCACUGCGACCAGUGCCAGGAGGGCUACAGCAGGGACCCCGCGGGCACCAACUGCACCAAGAACGAAGUCACGCUUGGCCCGGGAACAACAGAGUUUAUCACAUCUGCUCCGAACGUCAGCAGGGCAACAUCAUUUUCAACUGUAGUGAUAAACAGUACGUUGUCCCCAACAACUCUACAGACUAUCCUUCCUGUAAGUUCCUCUGACAAUAGUACUUCUGCUUUUGCAGAUGUUUCAUGGACUCAGUUUAACAUAAUUAUUUUGACAGUUAUUAUCAUAGUUGUUGUCCUACUAAUGGGCUUUGUGGGAGCAGUCUACAUGUACCGUGAGUAUCAAAACCGAAAACUCAACGCUCCUUUUUGGACCAUUGAACUCAAGGAGGACAACAUCAGUUUUAGCAGUUACCAUGACAGCAUCCCCAACGCUGAUGUGUCAGGCCUGUUGGAAGAUGAUGGGAAUGAAGUGGCACCAAACGGACAGCUAACACUGACAACUCCCAUGCAUAACUACAAAGCUUAAUGAAGAAGCAAUCCAGAUGUUCCAAAGUUGGCUUAAAAAAUUGCAGGGCUUGUUGAAGGGGUAUCGGGAUCCGUGCCAAGGCUCCAAGCAAAGGAUUUUGCUCUUCAGAUACUCUUAUGCUGGGCAUGCUGUAGCUUGCAGGUGAACAGAAGAAACGUGUAGUACAUCUGAAUUUCAGGUAGUGUGGUGAAGUGCAUUCAGUUUCUUGUUCUCCUUAAAGAUCCAUAGGGUUCACUGUUGUUAAGGAUUCAAAAUUACACUGAUCUUAAAAUACCUUUUUUAUGAAGAGGUGGUGGGGUGGAAAAAGCAAUACC